AUGUCAUAUAAAAAAUUGAUUUUCCUUAUCGUGUUUAUUUUGGCAUUAAGCAUAAAAAAUGUAGAUAGCGUAAUAAUUAUUAGCCCUAUAUUAAAUUUUUUUGAUAAAAUUUUUGGAGUUAAACGAAUGUUUAAUUGGAUUUGCAACAUAUUUAGAUCAAAAAAAAAAGAAUCUUUAAACGAUUCAACAAACAUUAAAAGUUCUAAUAACCUUUCUGAUCAAAAUAUUAAAAUUAAAGGACAGAAUGAAAUGAAACUAAUUGAUAAGUUCAAUAAAAAUAACAAAAAUGAUGUAACCGAAAAACCUGAAGUAAUAGGGCCCGAUCAUGAAUUAUAUCAAAAAAUGCUAAAUCGUUAUAUCACAACUCAAGAGGAUAUAGAUAAUAAAAUCAUAAAACGAAAAGAAGAUAAAGAAAAAGAGGAAGAAUUAAAUAAAUUAUGGCCUAAUAAAAUAAAAAACAUUUUUUUUAAAAAAAAGGAGACAAAAAUGCCAUCAACAUUAAUUGAAUACAUAUCCGACAAAAAUAAAAAAAUAAUAGAAUUAGAAAUAAAAGCGGAUACUCUACUAUCAAAAUGUAUAAAAUAUAAAAUAUUUUUUUUUGGAACAACAAUGUUAUUAAUUUUGCUCAGUUCAUUUCCAUUCUUACUUUAUAGUUAUGUAGAUUAUAUAAAUGAUGGUCAUUUAACUACACGAUUUAAUAAAAUAUGGAAUCGUAAUUCAUCCAUUUUGGAAGAAAAAGAAAAAUAUCAUAAUAGCUUUGAAUAUAAGGUCCAUAAACGUAUUAUGAAUUAUCGAAGUUCUACCUAUUUCAAAAUGCUCGAUCUUAACGUCUCAUUAUCAGAAAUUGAUGGCAUUGUGUACCUUCAACUAUCUUUCUAA